AUGGGGAAUCCCUACAUUCAUAUUCUUGGGCCACCUGCGAAUGCGGAAUCCGGUUCGACGGGGCCGAGGCGCCUGCCGAUCAUAUCUUUCGUGGUUUAUCACCGCUCUGGAAAGCUUCUGCACUAUAACUUCGUCUGCACAUUGCUCAACGAUCUUUUUGGCAUUCAGACUCGCGGGGGGUGCGUGUGUGCUGGUCCGUAUGGCCAGCACCUGCUGGGGAUCGACCUCGAGCUGGCGCAGCUUUUCGAGGAGCAGGUUGACAAGUACAAGGACACGGAGGUACUUCGCCCGGGCUUUGUGCGAGUGUGUUUCAACUACUUCACGGAAGAGGAGGAGGUUGACUACGUGAUUGCGGCGGUGAAUUUUGUGGCUCGAGAGGGGUGGAAGCUUUUGCCGGAGUACACGUUUCAGAUAGAAACGAACGAAUGGUAUCACCUGAGCAAUCGGACUUUGCCGGGGCGCCGGUGGUUGGGAGAAAUAAGCUACGCAUCCGGCGAGAUGAAGUAUCCGCGCUACGAAUAUUUGGAAAAAGAGGUGACGACCGGAGAGAUGUCCAGCUACUUGGACAAGGCAGCGGAGAUCGUCGAGGACGCAGAGCGACGCGCGAAGGCGCACCACCAUUUUUCCGAGUUGACUCAAGAGCAGUGGUUGAUGAGGGAGGACGCUGAGGCGCUUCGUUGGUUCGUGUAUCCGGAUGAGGCCUAUUUGGUGAAAAUUGACAUCGAAGAGCCGUCGUCCGAUUGUUUGGUUGGAAAUGCCAUGAAUUACCACAACCCUGAAUGGAGGGAGCGUUGGGCGUCUCUUUGUCCAUUGGUGCCGAGAUACUAUGCGGUCAGUGGCAUGGGCGAGUCCGGUGAGAGGGCGAGACUGCGUUAUGCCGCGACUCUUGUCCCGAAGACGGAUCGAUCCACGGCUGCGAUAAGGGGCGGUUCCAAGUCGGAAGAGGCGGCUUUUGGGUCUGUGGCGGGUCUUUGCGCGAUGGCACAGUCGCCGGGCGAUGGCGAUAUCGGAGGGGUCUCGCCAGAGCUGCCCAACGAGUUGAGAGGCGAAGAUAGUUCGAUUAUUGGCGCGGAGUCUGCGGAUUCGGACCAGAGGUGCGCGGAGCCGAGUGGCGGGACUUGCUCCGACGGAGUCGCUGCAUGCCGGCCAGGCCGCGCGUCUGUGAAGUCGCUGGUUGAGAAGCGGAGGGCUGCCACGGCGCAUUCGAUGCGUCAGUCGGGUAAUGAGCUGUUGAGGCAGCGCCGGACCUCCUUUUGGGACGAGGAAAAGAAGUCCAAACUAACGAGACAACACGAUCCUCUGCAAUAUACUGAAUAUCGUGUGUUCAAGCGAAUGGUCGCCGCUAUUCGAGAAUUUGACUUGAUUCAGCCCGGAGAUCGAAUUCUGGUUGCCGUGUCCGGAGGAAAGGAUUCUCUGACGCUUCUCAACAUGAUGCUAAAGGCUCGUCGCCAUCUCCCGUUCAAAUACGAAGUUGCCGCCAUCACGGUUGACCCUCAGACGCUGGAGUAUGAUCCGAGUCCCCUUAAGAAUUAUAUGGCACAGCUGGGAAUCGAAUAUUUUUACGACUCUCAGCCUUUGAUAUCGAUUGCUGGGGAGAUCAACCCCAGCUCCAUCUGCUCCUGGUGUUCGCGCAUGAAGCGCGGGAUCUUGCACAACGCCUGUGAGAGGUACGGCUACAACGUUUUGGCCCUCGGUCAGCAUCUGGACGACCUGGUCGAAUCUUUUUUCAUGUACAGCUUUCAUAACGGCAAGCUAGACACAAUGAAGGCGGCCACAAUUGUUCGCGACGGUCGACUGAAGAUUAUCAGGCCUUUCGUCUUCGUUCGAGAAAGAGACACCAAAGACUAUGCCAACCUUUCAAAUUUACCGGUGAUUACCGAAAACUGUCCAGCUUGCUUCGAAGAACCCAAAGAGCGCAGCAGAAUCAAGGCACUGCUGAAGGCUCAAGAGAGACUAUACCCGGGACUGUUUGGAAAUCUACAAAGUUCGAUCAAGCCCCUCAUGCACCCGGACCUCCACUUGGACAAAAUCUUGCUUCAAUUAGAAGCUUCCGCGAAAGCCACCAAAAACCAGAAGUACUUCCCCAAACAACAAGACCGUCCUUAG